CAUUUCUUUAAAAAAAAGUUUUUUUUUUUUUUAAACAUCAUGGCUAAGUUUGCUUCCAUCAUCACCCUCAUCUUCGCUGCUCUCAUUCUCUUUGCUGGGUUUGAAGCACCAACAAGGGUGGAAGGGCAGAAGUUAUGUAGGAAGCCGAGUGGGACAUGGUCAGGACUCUGUGCAAACAGUGAUGCGUGCAGGAAACAGUGCAUCCGUCUCGAGAAAGCACGAGAUGGUUCUUGCAAAUAUGAAUUCCCAGCUCACAAGUGUUUCUGCUACUACCCAUGUUAAUCUACCAAAAUAUUUGGUGCUCAAUGGGGCGGAUCCAGUGGCUGAGGCACGUGCCACAUACUACUCUAUAUAUAUGUCUUAUGAAACCAUGUACAAAGAACAUUGUGUAGCUAAUAUGGUCCUGAAGUUUAAAGUGUGCCACAUCCACCCUAGGUUUGAAUCCAUGUGGUGUGUGUUUUUUUAUAUUUUACUACCUAAACUAUUUUUUUUAUUACUAUUUUAUUUACUUUUCUAAAGAGAAAAA